CUGGCUCAGUUGUAGUGUGAUAUUAACUAGGAGCGCGCGUAAAGUUUUAGCGGUGAAUUUAGAAUUGUGAAAUUGUGCGGAAAAAUGACGACGACACUCGACGACAGAACUAAAGUGGAGAUUGAGUGGCUCAAGUGUACGCUAUUUUCGCGACUUUUGGAGAAUAAAAAUUUCAAGACCGACAAUAGAAUUGACGGUGACAACGCCGGCAAUGUGAAAUUGCUUGAUGUACAGCUGAAAUAUAUUGGCGUCGAAGAGGCUUUCAUGUUGACCACCUGUUAUCGGGCCAUCAUAAAGCUGCAGCAAGGCGAUAAAAGUCCCAGCACCACCACACUCAUUGUAAAGAAAACGCCAAAGCUGCCGCAAGUGACAUUCGACGCCAUACAAUUCGGUGCACUUUUCAGUAACGAAAUCUUAGCAUACAACAAUAUUCUACCCGCAUUAGAAGAAUUUACCGGACAUAGUUUCAAUGUGCCACGAUUCUACUACGGCGAUCUGCAGAGCUGUUCAGCCACAAUGGUACUAAAAGAUUUUGGCGCCGACAAUUUCAGAGUGACCAAGCAGAAAGUCAAUCUCUCAUUGGAACAUGCGCUUGUUGCUUUAAAAACGUUGGCCACCUUUCAUGGCACCGGUUUCGCUUUGAAACACAAAAACCCCGCUGAGUUCAAACGCUUAUCACAGUCGCUGAGGGAACCACGUUACAAUGUGGAGGACGUGCAUCCGGAAUGGAAAAUGAUAAAUAUAUUUAGCGCUGAACGACUAGAGAUUUCCACACGAAAGUAUCAGCCACAAAUUGAGUCGAGUUUCGUACAGCGUUACCAUAAAAUGAUCCAUGAGUUCAUAUUGUUUGGGCGAAAAAUGGUGGCGCCGGUAGAACCGGUAGCAACACUAUGUCACGGCGAUUAUCUGCGCAACAACAUAGCCUUCAAAUAUGCCGACGUAAAUGGCGCUGAAGUGCCAAUUGAUGCGCUCAUGUUCGAUAUGCAAACGGUGCGAGUCUCCUCGCCAAUGUUAGAUUUCGCCACCUUCUUAUCCUUAUCCACGUAUGAGGCUGUGCGUUACCGGCAUUUCGACGAAAUAUUCAAUGAGUACUACACAAAUUUGGUCAAAGCAUUCAAGGAGAAUACUAAAGAGGAACGGAUACCUGAUUAUUUGAGCCGUGAAUCGCUUCUGCGCGAAUAUAGGCGUCUCUUGCCUUACAGCAUCAGUAUCGCGUCGCAUUUCCUCAUGCAAUUGGUGGAGCCGAAUGUUGCGGCGGAAGAAAUGCUGUUGCGAGAGUUGACUAAGGAGGAAAUAAGAGAGGACACUCUGCGACGAGGCGGAGAGGAGGUCGACCGUGAAAUAGCUCACCAAAUGAAGGAACUCUAUGAUCUGGUGACGAAACAUAAUAUCGAUAUAUUUAAGGACUUUGAUUAUGUGUAAACUAAAUAACUGUUACUGAUUGCCGAAACGCUAUAAAAGAAAACUGUGAAAUAUGACAACUUUGAUACAAAAUUU